CCAGGUCCCUCGCCGCCGCCGCGGUCCCCGCCGUCGCCGCCGGCGACUUCGUCCCCACACGGCGCGCAGGUGCGAUGGACGCUCCGUUACCCGGCGGGAGCGUCGACCAGUCGGAGGACUACUCCCCGGCGGCCACCGUGGUCCGCUUCGACCCGCCGCUCCCUCUCCUCCGUGCGCCCGUCCCGUCGUCUGCCUCCUCCGGGGAGCCCCCCGUCCUCGCCUUCCGCGACGCCGCGAGCUGGCGCGCCGCGUGGGAGGCCGCGGAGGCCAGCCUCCUGUCCCAGUGCGAGGCUGGUGCACGCGCUGGAUGUUCAAUUACUGCGUCGCGCAAGUGCAAGCCACCCUGGUGGAAAGGUUUACUUGGAGGAGGACCAACUGACUACCAAGAAAGAGAGAGAUGUGAAGAACGUGAGAUGGCUUCUUGUCUUGAAACAGCAAGACAGGCUUGUGUUAAGUUUGCCAAGGAAAAAUGCAUUGAACCCUUCCGAGAUGCAAGGAUUGCUUCUGAGGGCCUUCUUGAAAAUACAAAUUUUGCAGUUUGGGGUGUUGGUAGUGACAUAACAUCAUCAACAUCCUUGUGUAUUGCAAACAGAGAGUACCCCUUCAAGCCUUGUCCUGGUGCAACAAACUACAAAGGUAGUGACUUGCUGGACAGCUUCGUCUGAAGACAACAAUGUUAAGGAUGAUGACUGAACUAGCCCAUUGCAGUGGUUCAGACUGGGAAUGGUGUAUAUAUCCAUUUGGAAUUGGGUCCAUUGGUGAAAAAAUGGAAGUUCUCAGAGCUAUGGAUGCUGAUGAUCUCGUGCCUGCGGUUCCUUGUUUCUACAACAGCUUGUCCAUCUGCCCACCUGGGGUUAUCCACAGUUGUGAAGAUUUCAAUAAGGAAUCUCUAAUGAAAUGGUGCCACUUUCUAAAACUGUAAAUGCCUGCAAAAAUUUGUAUUAUAGUGGCACGCAUUGUCCUCAAAAUGAUUCCAUAUCUGAAAUUGGUUUCUGACACCACAAUUUAGUAGCUGAACCAAUGGCUUUCUAGUGCAAUUAUUUAUGUAACUAGUUUUGAAGCCUGUGUGACAAGUUUUUGCAGCGAAUAAACCAUACGCUGCAAAGUUGUCUAAAUGCGCACAAAGUGCAGCUCGAUCAUGUGGUCUCUCCAAACAGCAGCUCAUGUUGCUACUGCUAUGUGCUGUCAUCUCGGAUCGUCUGUUUGGUGCAAGCAGUAUCUGACCUUGUACACUAUGCCGGCUGCUACCUCUUCAUGGAAGAAGAGCUCAGAUUCUGUGAACAUGGACAAGAACAAUCUCUCAGGCUCAGCAUCUGGACAUGAUUGAGCAACGGAAAAACGCAAAGCUAAGGUACGCAUCGUACGUACGUUCGGUGUAAACAUGUGGUGGCAGAGGAAGAGGCUGGCCGGGAGUACUGUGCUGGGAGCGGCUCUUGUGACAUGAUCUUGUCAGGGAGAUGGUGUGGAUGCAGAGGACAAGCAGGCCGUUCCAAGCCGGCCUGAUCUAGCUGAAGAGACUGCAACAGCAUGUACCCAUCCAUGUAGUAGCGCUCAGUGCCAUACUUUCUUCAGACUUCCAGUGCAGCAGCAGAGAUAGAGAUAUUCAUGUUCCUCCCAUGCAUCAAUGGCCAGGUACAAUACAACUACAAGUUAUUUCCCUGGAAAGAAGAACGAACCGAGUGAAAUUGUCACAGGAGUCAGGAUAAUGUAGGAACUAGGAAGUGCACUGCUUUUGCUGAAAUUAGAUGGUACUCGCUCCGUCCCAACAAAUAAAAUGUCCAAAUUCAUCCAUAACCAUCUUUUUACAUCUUUUUACUUAUGCUUAUGUUUAUAAACCAAAAUUUAAA